AUGGCAUUGACAGCCAAAAGCUUUGCUUACGACGUGCUCACCAAUCCACGCCAUACAAAAUGGAUUGCACCCUUACUGGUUCUAGGCGAUGCGCUCCUCUGCGCCCUCGUCAUAUGGAAGACCGCAUACACUGAAAUCGACUGGACAACAUAUAUGCAGCAGGUCUCGCUCUUUAUAUCCGGUGAACGCGACUAUCCCUUGAUCAAAGGUUCGACCGGUCCACUCGUUUACCCUGCCGCUCACGUAUACAUCUACACCCUGCUCUACCACGUCACGGAUCAGGGCCGCGACAUCCUCCUUGGACAAGCCAUCUUUGCCGUGCUGUACCUGGCCACUUUGGUUGUGGUAGUGUCCUGUUACAGACAGACAGGCGCACCGCCUUAUCUUUUCCCACUCCUCGCUCUAUCAAAGCGGCUUCAUAGCAUAUUUGUCCUGCGCCUGUUCAAUGAUGGCUUCGCAGCUUUCGCAAUGUGGGUUGCUAUCUACCUAUGCUUGAAGCGCAAGUGGGUGGCGGGGAUAACAGUGUGGUCUAUUGGCGUCGCUAUUAAAAUGACACUUGUGUUGCUCGUUCCAGCCAUUGCAGUCAUUACUCUUCUCAGUCUGGGGUUGGCACGAAGUAUUUUACUCGGGGCCAUGGCUUUCCUUGUGCAAAUCUUUCUUGCAGUGCCAUUUAUCCAGGUCAAUGCUACAGGUUACUUCUCUCGCGCUUUCGAGUUAUCCCGCCAGUUCAUGUUCAAAUGGACCGUCAACUGGCGCUUUGUGGGUGAAGAAACAUUUCUUUCCAAGGAGUUCUCAUUGGGUUUGCUAGUGCUGCACAUUUCCUUGCUAGCUAUCUUCUUCGCGAGCUGGAUGAAGUCUUCGGGGACGAAUGUAGUUCGCUUCCUUCAAGAUAUCAUCCAGCGUCGCCAGCAGACAGUGCCGCUCUCGAAACCGUUCACCAUGAGUGUGAUGUUGAGCUCACUGGCUAUAGGUUUGCUCUGUGCUAGGUCCUUGCACUACCAAUUCUUCGCCUAUCUUGCCUGGGCCACUCCCUUCCUUCUUUGGCGUGCAGAGAUUCAUCCAGUCCUCAUUUACGCAAUGUGGGCACUGCAAGAGUGGGCCUGGAACGUCUAUCCCAGCACGGAUGCGAGCUCAACCGUUGUGGUGUUGUCGCUCGCGGUCCAGGUCUUUGGCGUGCUGUUGAAUGAAUCAAGCGGAGUAAAGAAGAUCAAUGGGACCAGCCACGGCAAGGCACCUGUCCAAUAA